AUGUCUUCCCGUAUGGCACUUCUCUCUCCUCGUACGGCACCUCUCUCUCCUCGUACUCACUCACCGAUCUUCACCGCUCAGUCGCCACAUCUCGCUUCAUUUUGGUACAAGAGAAGUGAUACCAUUGAUCAUAUUAUCUUAGAAGAGGUUGAUGAAAGUGCUGAAGAUCCUAGCUAUUUGACUAGAGGAGCAGCGGUUGAAGUUUUAGUAAAGCUGACAAAGGAAAUAGAUUUGCUGGCAGUUCAACUCAGCCCACUUAAGAAGUUUCUCGUUAGAAUGGUGAAGAGAUGGAAGAAGAUUUAG